CCUGUGACGUCUUUUUGCGUCGCUGUGUUGCGGUGAUCGUUCGGGUCAGGUCGGAGGGCGAUCGGACGCUUUCUGGACGCUUUCUGGAGGACAGUGAAUCAUGGCCCUCAGGGUGAUCCGACUGCUCGUCCCCACGGCAGCGACAGCUUCACAGCGUGUGACGGUGGCCCAGAAGGCUGGCGUUCACACAAGCUCAGUGAGAAGUUUGGGGUAUGGCUGGUGGGCCUACGCGCUGGGCGAGAGGACGACGCCACGGUUUGGCCAGAACAGCAAAAUCAUCUCCGUGGAUGGCAACUUGGCCUCAGGGAAAGGAGUCCUGGCCCAGAAGUUGGCUGACAGGCUGGGGAUGCUCCACAUGCCGGAGCCUGACGCUUUCUACGUGGACAAGAUGACCGGGGAGAAGGAGCCACUUCCCGUCGACUUCAACGGGAUGUGCAGCCUGGAGAAGUUCUACACAGACCCCAAAGCUGCCGACGGGAACAGCUACAGACUGCAGCUGUGGAUGUACACCAUGAGGCUGCUUCAGUACGCCGACGCCAUCGAACACCUGCUCGCCACAGGCCAAGGAGUGAUCCUGGAGCGUUCUCCCUUCAGUGACAUGGUCUUCCUGGACGCUAUGUUCAAACAGGGAUACAUCAGGAAGGAGUGUGUGCAGCACUACAACGAGAUCAAAGGCAUCAGCAUCUGUGAGUUCCUACCUCCUCACCUCUCCAUCUACAUUGACCUGCCGGCUGAGGAGGUGCAGAAGAAGCUGAAACAGAGCAGCAAGCCCUAUCUUCAGAAUGUGCCCCUGGCUUAUCUGAAGAGCAUUGAGGAUUGCUACAAGAAGUCUUUCCUGAACCAGAUCAGGGAAACAUCAGAACUGCUUGUUUACGAUGCAGCCCAAGCCCUAGAUGCCGAAAGGGUGGCAGAAGACAUUGAGUAUUUGAAGUUUGAUAAGGGGCCGUGGCUGGAGCAGGAUGACAUCAGCUACCACUACAUGAGGAAGCUCGUGCAAGACAAACAGAGGGUGGCAACCCUGACCCACAUACCGAAGUUUCUGCCAGAGAUAACCAUCGGGGCCCACGAGUACGAUGAAAAAUACUACGCCUUUAGAUCGCUCCCUGGGAAGAGGUAUGCCGCUGGUUAUAAUGAAGACAAGGGAGACAAACACAUCUGGCUGAAGUGAAGGAGUCCACAGGCGUGUAACUAAUUCUACCCUGGCUGAUCUGCUCAUUGAGUAAACUCUGAACCACACAUCCAGUUGUCUUCUGUUGUACAUCCUAAAUAAUAAUAUGUAUGUAUUAAAAGAAUAAUCUUUGAAUCUACACAA